AGUGUAAGACUUGACUUUGUUUAAGUAAGAGGUGCUUUUAUUUCACAGUCUUCGGUAGUGCAGUUGAAUUAUAUAGCAAAAAAAAAAAAAAGAAGUUCAAGACAUUCCAUGUCUUUUUAUUUAAAUAUAGUUUAAAAGUAACAAUAAUUAAUUAUAUCAAAAAAAUAUUAAGCUUUCAAUUCACAAGUUGGAAUUGCAUAAGAAAUACAUAUUUUUAAACAUUUAAAUCGAUAUACUUUUGGAUUAUCCGCAUUUUUACAAUAUGAAGAACAAAUAAUCAUCAUCGUUAGACCGAAUUGAGUUGCUUAAACAUACAAAUAAGCCAUCAUCAUAUGACGAUUGACUUGAAUAAUCACAGUUAUGGCUUUGUUGUCGAAGAAAGACGUUCAAAAAGCCUCUUAUUAUGUCUGGUUUUUGGGUGCGCAAGAGUCGAGAGAACUACGAGGUGAUCGAGUGUUAAUAUCGACCAUUCCUCGUCUCAUUGAUCGAUCAAGGCAUCAGGAACCACUCAAAGUUACGCUUCAAAUCUCCCAUAAAGGUCUAAAAAUUAUCCAGGGAUCGUCGAAACAUUUCAUCCCACAUAAUGCAAUUACGUGUUCGAUCGUGGAACAAGAUAUUGUCGCUUGUGUGUUGCUGCUGUACAACCCAGUAACGAAAUGUCCACUUCAUGUUCACGCUUAUCGAUGCGACUCAGAUGCGACAGCUCAUGCACUUAACGAUCAAUUACAAAUUCUGAUUAAAAAACCGGAGAAUCAAAAACGUUUUGCUGAGCUAGAAUUAAAACUUGAGCAUUCUCUAAAGGCAAUAGAAAGGUCUAAGCCUUUGUCAAUGCCAGAACGAAAAGAAUCAAGAAAUUUUGAGAUGUCAACAAGACGUUUUGAUUCUUCAUUAGGAAGUGACACUGGAACAAGCACAAGAGAAUCUGAUUGCAGUGAAGAGCAUCAACAUUCACCAAUUGAAGCACCAACACACCUUUAUGACUCUCUUGCAGCUGAAUUAAGAGCUAAACUCAAUGGAAAUGGCCCACCUUUGUUGCUACCACCACGAGAUUAUGAUACAAUUAGCAGAUCCCAAGGAAAUCUUAAAGCUGUUGAUUUGCGAAGAUGUCAAAAUCUCUCUAUUGUGGGAAAAGAAAUAAGAAAUAUUAAGCGCAAUCAUAUCUCAUCAUAUGGAUCGUCUGGAAUUGGAUCAGACCUGGCACCAAGUCCUGAGCGUCAAGAAGAGUUGAGUACAAGCUCAAGUGCAGAAGAUUGGAAAAAUGAUGAGAAGGAAAUCAACCCGAAUAUCAUUCGCAAAAUGGAAAAACUUCAGAUAAGACAAUUUCCUGUAGGUGAAAAACUUUCGCCAACACGUUCAUCGGAAAAUCCACCAAGUUAUAUUUUUCCGAAAGAUUCAGUUGAUAACUACAAAGCAAAAAAUAAAUUUGAGAAAUCGGCUUAUCGGAAGCAGACAUCACGCGAUGAAAAUAUUCCGAAUAUCAUGAAUAAACAUAUCAAGGAAGCAUAUGACGAAAAUUCAAAGAAAUAUUAUCAUCACAAGCAGAUUAAAGAAAAAGGUCAUACAGACGAUGAAAGAAUAAUAAGUGGAGGUUUAAUGAAACGUCAAGUUGAAAUAUAUCGUCAAAUGAACAAUAUAAAUGAUUCUAGAAAGCACUUACACAAUAGUUACGAAGAAUAUGAUCGCGAGAAUUUAACAGAUCGUCAGAAGUAUCGUGAAAUACUUGAUAUCAAAAGAUAUCAACAUCGACCAGAUGAUGUUGAAAGACAAAGAAAUAAUGAACCAAGACCAAUUUCACCAGAAAUCAAACAACAAAGAACACUUCAGAGAAAAUCAAAAUCUUCCGGCCGUUAUGAAGUUCAUGAGAUUCCAUCUGAAAGGAGUAGAAACAAGAGUAAAGAAGAAUUUGUUGAGCGCAAUCCAUAUCGGGAAUCUGAAAGCUUGCCAUAUCGCCAAUCUAUUGAAAGUAUGUUGAAAUCACCAGUUAUGAAAUAUAAAUCGAGAACUGAUUAUCAAACACGAUCGCCAUCCCCCAACUAUGAGAUGCAUCGUAGAGAUUCACAAAAUCGUAACCACCUGAUUGCCAACAGAGUAUCAGAUCGAGAUAGAGAAAUUUAUGUCAAAGAUAGUUCACCAAUAUCAACAAUGAAACGAACUUCUCCAAAAGAUCGUUUUCAGAAUGCUAAAGAGAAAUUCCAAGCAAUGGAAAAAAUGAGAUUACAACAUGAGUCGAAAUCAAAAUUGAAUAUUCGUCGUUCGGAACCGUCCCGCUAUGAUGCAAAUUAUCGUCAGUCUUGUUCACCCGAACCGAGGUUUGCACAAGGUGAAUGGAGUUCUGAAGAAGAAUAUCCAAAUAAUAUUCGUGAUUAUCGGAAUAUUCCACCGGCACCACGAGCUUCCCACUAUCAUCAUCAACAGAGAAUGGUUCCAGCUAAAAGUUUAGGAAAUCUCCCAAAGGGAUAUCGUCACAGCUAUGCGGAGCCAAUAAAAUAUUGCAAUAGAGAUAUGAAAAUGUAUCCCAACAGAGUUUCAUCAAUUUUGGAGUUACCAGAAUGUGUUUUAGAAAUAAUAAUGUCGUAUCUCUCAUAUGAUGAUAUUGCAAAAAAUAGAAUUGUUUGCAGAAAGUUUAAUCAAAUCAACAUGAAUCUGUUAAAUCAUGGAUUCUUUAGUCUUUUGAAUUGUCACGCAAAGCAUUUGAAAAGAAUUAAAGCACAAUUGCCUCGACGGGAAUCAGAGAGACGAUACCAUCCUUUAUCUAAACACUCCGAUGUUCUCACUUGCAUUGAAACUCGUUUAUCUAUGCUUUCUAUGACAUACCAAAAAUACAUUCAAAAUGGAACAGGUUGCUUUAUCCCUGGUAAAGUGAUUGAUGAAUGCUACAAAAUUUUACGUGCGAUUUCAUCAUCUCAAGCUAAUGACACAAAAAAUCUUAAGACACAUGAAAUUCUGCAGGAACUUCGGGAUAUUUCUUCCAUGGCUAUCGAGCAUUUUGAUGAAAAAAUUGUUCCAGAUAUCAAAAGAAUAAGACCAGAGUCAAAUGUUUCAAUCUCAUCUAUCUACGAUAUGUUCACAACUCCCCGUACAAAUUCAAGCUUUGAUGGACUUGGAUUUAAUUUCUCAAGAACCUCUUCAAGUUCCUCGUUAUCAUCUGCAAAACAUAAAGAUGAAGGAGCAAAAAAAUCUAAAUCAAAAUUCUCAUCGAUUGUUAAACUUUACAAGAAGCAAUCUAAAAUAAUUAAAUGCCAAUCUAAACAAAUCUUACUCAUGAUGAAGAGUAUGAAACAUUUAAGACGACGCUUAGACGAAAGUGAAAUUAAAAAUCGUGAAAUUUGUGCUAACAUAAAACAGCUGAAGGAAGUUAAUAAGCCACAAGUGAAUGCACCAGUGCCAGUUGAGAGUGGAAAAAAACGAACUGCAACAAUGAUUUUAAAGCGAAGAUUGAACGAAUAAAUUUUGUCAACAAAACGUCGUAAAUAUUUAUGACAAAAACGUUGAUAUUCUGAUCGAAUGCAUCUUAAAUACCUAUUUAUUAUAUAAGGAAUUUCGUCAUCAAAUUUUUGCAUCUAGUUUUCUUUUUUCUUUUGAAAAUGCUUCAUAUCUGUAACCAAUUUAUAAUAAAUCUUCGAUUAUUCUGAUUCAAUAAGGUUCUAAUUAGCAUUGUUUUUAUUGAUAAUACUUCGACUACUUACAUUCUUAGGUAUUUAGAUUCUUAAUUCAUCUCAAUAAGUUUUAUUUAUAAUCUGUAAAUCAAAUUUUAGGGAGGCUCUCCGAUACAAAAUCUCCUCAAAUCAAGACAUGAGAAAUUAUACAUAAAAAAACUAAACUUUCACAAAAGAAUUUAUUAUUUGAAAUUCCAUUUUCUAUUUUAUCCAAUAAUGAUAUUGUUAUAAAUAGAAUCUGUUAUUUUAUGCUUCAUAAAUAUUUUCGGAGUUAUAUAGUUAGUUGAUUUUUCUAAAUUAUUAUACUUGCUCUCAAAGAAACCAUGAACAGCAUUAGAAGUUUGUGGAAUAUUAGGUUUUUGUUGUUGAAAGCCAUCAUUUGAA